AUGUAUCCCUACUCCAGUCCACCUCCAGGGUGGUCUGCUUUCGACUACACCACAUCGCCGCCCACCUCGCCUCACUACGUCCACUACUCGACUCAGUUCGCCAACAUGUACGGUUCUCCUCGAGCCUCCUCAAAGCGCCAUAACCGCAAGGCCAGCUACAGCGCGACCACUAGAGACUCGGGUGCGUGGUAUUCCGGAUACCCGCAGAGCUACUACGAAAUGAGGCCAGAGUAUGGCACGCCGCCUCGCAAGCACAAUCAUGUCCCUACCUACGAGGACAUCGACUCCGCCAAGCGAUCUCGCACCCGCCGCCAGUCCACAUCUACUCGCACGCCUCAGAAGCCUCGCCCUUCUACGGCCUCCAAGUCACCGACCAAGGCAACUGAAGAGGAUGCAGCCCGCGCAGGGAUUCCCCCGGGUUACUCAAUCAAGAACUGGGAUCCGACAGAAGCACCCAUCAUCCUACUCGGAAGCGUGUUCGAUGCGAAUUCGCUAGGCAAGUGGAUCUACGACUGGACCGUGUUUCAUCAUGGCGCAUCGACCCCGAUGGCGGAUGUCGCAGGUGAGCUGUGGCUAUUGCUGAUCAAGUUGGCUGGGAAGAUUAAACGAGCGGACGAGUGCCUGCCUCGAAUUAAGCGCCGCGACGCCAGAGAAACCGUCGAGGAUUUCCUAGAAGGUGGCGAGCGCCUGUGGAAUCGUUUCAAGAAACUUCUCAAGGAAUGCGAACAUUACAUGUGGAAGGCCGCCAAGCGUGAAGGCGGCAGGGGACCCGUGUCGAUGGGUCGCAAUGCAGGGUGCGAAUUUGUCGAGUCGAUUUUCGGUCGCGACCGCCAACUAGAAACCACGGAAAAGUUGAUGAACAGCAUUCGUGUGUGGAGCAUGCGCUUCGACGCCAACUGUGAAGAAAUCCUCCGACGACCAUGUUAA